AUGGCGACCUCGUCACCGCUGCCACGCUGGGCGCCGACGCCGAGCCCGUCGCGGCCAUUGUGUGGUUCUUCAGCAUCAACUGCUGCCGGCGGCGGCAACCGCAUGAACAUGCUGUCCCCGUUCGGCGCCGUACUUGCAGCCUUACGUGGUCAUGGGCGUUGGCGCGCCGCCAUGACAGGGGAGGCACAGCCACCGCCGCCGCCGCCACAGGCUGUCGAGGUGGAAGGAGGCGCCGUGGGUGGCCUUCGUUCUGGGUUUGAUGGCAUAGAUCACCUUGACGGCCCCAUGGUGGAGGGCAUCGUCCGUCGCGACGGUGGCGUGUUCAUAACGUGGGAGGACGUCUGGGUGACGGCGGUCGACGGCAGGGGGCAGGCCGCCACCAUUCUGCACGGCGUCAGCGGCAGCGCGCGCCCUGGCGAGGUGCUGGCCAUCAUGGGACCGUCCGGGUGUGGCAAGACCACACUGCUCGACACCUUGGCCGAACGAGAUAAUCUAUAA